GACGGAAGAAGUCACCGGCGGCGAAGCACAAGACGGCCGCAUCUGGCAGGGAAGUUAGUUACAGUGGUAGUACUUCUGUUUUUGGAGCAUCAACAUCAACCAAUUAGCUCGCUGAAGCACAAAGGACCGACGACGAUGUCGAAGCUGACAGUUUUCCUAACGUUAGCGUGGGCACUGAGCCUUCUCUAUGGCGAGAUGUUCGCUUUCUGGAUUCCCUAUAUCUGGUCGUGUUCUUGGCCUCGCCCACCUUCCUCUGUGAGCAAAGUAGAUAAUCCUGGUGAUUAUGUAAAAAUUGCUGUCCUUGCCGAUCCUCAGCUUAUGGACAAAACUUCCCUCCGCCUUGCUCCAAAGUCCUUGGCUCUAGAGAUGGCUCAAUUCUAUACAGAUUUGUUCAUGCGUAGGGCGUUCUUAUCAUCUAUUUUUCCAUUCAAACCAGAUGUUAUUUUGUUCUUGGGUGAUUAUUUUGAUGGUGGACCUUUCCUGACUGAUAAAGAAUGGUUGGAAUCCUGGAGCCGAUUCAAACAUAUAUUUAACCUGGAUAUGCUUCAGCAAACUACAAAUAUUAAAUUGUUCUACCUCGCAGGGAACCAUGAUGUUGGCUAUGCUGCCUUCCACUCACGUAUGCCACAGGUUAUCAGACGCUAUGAGAAAGUAUUUGGUGUGAGGAAUUACCAUUUCACAAUUGGAGCAGUAAACUUUAUUGCUGUUGAUGCGCAAACAUUGGACGGGAAGCCCCAAGGAAUAGAGACUGCUACCACAUGGAAUUUUGUUAAAGAAGUCUCCAAGAAUAUUACUUCAAGGCCUAGUGUUCUGUUAACUCAUAUCCCACUUUAUAGACCAGAUUGGACUUCAUGUGGUCCUUAUCGUGCAUCACCAUUUAUUAAUCAGAGGAUUAACCGUGAUGACCAUGAUAAGGAGAUAUUGUACCAAAACUAUGUGACUGAAGAACAUACAAAUCACUUGCUGGAGUUGAUCAAACCUGUAUUAAUCCUUUCUGGGCAUGACCAUGAUCAAUGUACAAUAGUACACACAACGAAGCAUGGUGCUGUAAAAGAGCACUCUUUAGGGACUAUAAGUUGGCAGCAAGGAAAUCUGUUUCCCUCUUUUAUGUUGUUAUCUGCUAGUAAUCUUACCUUAUCAGAUGGAUCUCAACCCGCAGAUGCCGUCUCCACUAGAGUCUGCUUUCUCCCUGCUCAAACACACAUUUAUAUAUGGUAUCUUCUGAUGUUAAUCUUGACAGUUCUUGUCCUCUUCUGGCCCACAAAUGGAUUUCCUUUGCUGCAUCAAUGCAUGAGAAGUCUAAUUAGUUCGAGCAUAUUUGAAGGGGUGAAAGAAAAAAUUGACGAUGAUUUUUGUGAGUAUGAGGAAGUUUGGGAUGUUGAAGGGUCAAUGCACCUCAUAAGGAAAAUCUCUAAGGCUUCACCUCCUACACACUCAAGUCACUCUUCUAUGGAAAGUCUCUCAUAUACAACAGCCAAAACCGGUGUAAUCGCAACUGCUUUGAAGCCUGGGGGAGGGAGUCAAGUUGAAUGCAACCUUACCCUUGUGAAAUAUAGAGAGGUUUUUGUUAGAACUUGAUCCAUUGCUACAUUAACUAUCUAAAACUUCAUAGAAACUUCAAUAAUGACUAUUUUGGCUCCAUUAACAUUGUGAGUCUAUGCAAUAUUAAUUUAAAUUUAUAAAGAAAAUGAGUUUGAUAAAAUACUCCCUCCGUCCAACAAAUAAAGAUCUCGUUCAUUA